AUGGUACGUUCCAAUGGGGCGGGGCUGAUGCUGUCGCCGUGGCAGCGCGGGGAGGGGGCCUGGAGGGCAGGAGACGGAAAAGAUGGCGAAAGACAUCCUGGGGGAAGCCGGGCUUCACUUUGAUGAGCUGAACAAGCUGCGGGUUUUAGACCCAGAAGUAUCCCAGCAAACGGUGGAGCUGAAAGAGGAGUGCAAAAUAUUUGUUGACAAGAUUGGGGAAUUCAAGAAAAUAGUGGGCAGCCUCAUUGAGCUCGUCGACCAGCUUGCGAAAACAACCGAAAAUGAGAAAAUCAAGGCCAUCGGUGCCCGCAACUUGCUGAAGUCCAUCGCAAAGCAAAGGGAGGCUCAGCAGCAGCAACUCCAGGCGUUAAUAGCGGAGAAGACUACGCAGCUUGAAAGGUACCGAGUCGAGUACGAAACGCUGUGCAAAAUAGAAGCGGACCAAAACGAAUUCAUCGACCAGUUCAUUUUCCAGAAAUAAAGAGACUGGCGGCACAAAACAGACCGGGAGGCCUUAAGCCAUUCCAGAAGACCAAGCAUUUAGCAAUGGCCAGCUUCCAAACAUUGCACAGAACUGGACCAAAGUCACUUCCCAGCAGGCCGAAAAGUGAACCUGAAUGGAUCCCCUCUUGAUGUUGGACUCUCCCCAGCCUUAACCAUCUCUGGGACUUCGGUGUUUGAGCAAAGCUGGUUUUGAGCUCGGUUCUUGCUGUAGAAUUGAUACGAUUGACUGAGAAGGUGUGGACGGAUGCACUUAAUAUAUUUUCUAAUAUUUUUUUAAAAUGUCCAGCACCACAUGGCAAUGUUUUGAACCAACCACCAGACUGUUCUGUAUUUAUACACCUCCCCUUUCCCUACUUUUUAAAGAUUAUUAAACAAUGCUUUCCAAAAAAAAUCAGGUAAUAAAUAUUUUUUCGAAA